AUGCCGGUGGAGCGCAACAGGAACCGGGACCGGGAGCGGAGCCGUAGUCGUGAUCGGGACCGGGACCGCGACCGGGAUCGCGACCGGGACCGCGACCGGGACCGGGACCGGGACCGGGACCGUGGCCGCCGGGACCGUCGGCGCCGCUGCAGCUCAAGGUCUUCUGAGCAGCCGGCCCCUGAGCAGACGUGUAGCCCGACAGAAGUGGCUGACUCGCCAGAGCGUGGCUUGUCGGCUGAGCUGAGUGCCAUGCUGCCGUCUCAGCCAGUUACCCCGCGCCCGAUUGAGGCCCCCCCCGGGGACUUCAGCGCUUUCCCCGGGGCGGCGCCGAAGGCUCGUGCAGUGCUCUCCCCGGCGCCCCCGGCGCGCGGCUUGGCGGUCUCUCCGCCGGAGGGGUGGGUCGGCGCGGCGCCUUUGUCGCCGCUGCCACCGCCCCCGCCGCCGCCGCCGCCGCCUGUCGCAGCGAAUUCACCGGUGAGGCGGCAGCCCGCCCCCGAGGCGAAGUCCCCGGGCCCUCCGGACUUGUCGCCGCCGCCGCUGCCGGCGGGAUGGGAGUCUCGCCGUGCGCCGUCUGGGGCUUUGUUCUUCCAGAACAGGCGUACAGGGGAAAGCCGGUGGGACCACCCGGGCACGGGCCCUGCUCUCCCAGUUCCGGCCCCUGCCCGCGCCACCGCAGACGCAUCUGCUGCUCCGGAGGGGGCGCCGCCGGGGGGCGCGGCGACCCCGCCGAUGGCAGCGUGGGCGAGGGCCGCGUUGCAGCUCACAGCGCCUGUGGUGGUGGCACCCGUGGCGGCUUCACCUGAAGCGAUCCGUUCGCUGCGCCUGGAGCUGGAGGCCCUUCAGGCAGCGCGUCCGGAUUGGGAGGAGUUUCGCGACCCCACCGGGGGCCAGAUUUUGUGGUUCCAGAGGUCUACCCAGCAGGUGGUGAUGCACCGGCCACCUGAAGUUGCAGCGUGGAUCUCCCGCACCGCCGCCUUGAAUGAGGAGAUCAGCGAGCUAUCGCGGUCCCGCGACCGCUCGCCUGCCGGGGUCCCGGCCGGCCCCGCUUCGCAGGCUCCCCCCCUGCAGGACGCGGCGGCUGGUGGCGCUGUGCCAAAUGACGCCGCGCUUGCGACCCCCGCCCAGUCGCUCGCGCGUUUCACCAGGGCAUCUGAGCUAGAUGGGGCCGUGGGUGCCUGGCACAGCAGGCUCCACACUGCGGUGGGGGGGUCGACGGACGGUCGCGUUGCCAUGGAGGCGACGUUCCACACGCGGUGCUUGUCCCAGGGCGACCUGCAUGCAAUCGUCAGGGCGAUGGGCGUCCACAUCGAGGCUGCGGCUCCGAAGGGGCGCGGGGCACGGCCCGCCCUGGCCCCGCCUUUUGGCUUUGCCACGGGCGAUUUUCAUCAGCCCGCCGUCGAAGUCACUUGGAGGACGGGGCCGUUACUGAAGCUCACGAUACAGCUCGUGAACAAGCGGCAGGGGCGCAUUGUCGUCAAGGGCAAGAGGGCGGCUUUCGACGCCAAUUUGGAAGAGCUCUUAAUGUUUCUGGGGCCUGUCGCCGAGAUUAGGACGGCCGCGCAGUCCCAGGCCCCGCUUCGUGAGAAGGCCAUGCGGUGGUUAGGUGCGCCCCAGAGCCGCGCGGAGUUGGCGGCCGCCUCCAGGGACUUCCUAGCCCUGCUGCACCUGGCUCCGGCGUGGCCAGAUGGGGUGACUCGCCAUGCGGGCACCGAAGCUGGCCCCCUAUGGGCCUUCGCAGUGGAGCUGCAACAUUUUCUCGCGCGCGCGCUGCUCCCGUCGCUGAUGGCGCUUCCCGGGAUCUCUCGCAUUGUGGGGGGGCCCUACGUUGGGGGAGUUCCCCAGGCUGCUGCCGCAGAAGCGGCUGGGCGCGUCCUGGGGCCUGUCCCGCCCGCGCGCCCACUCUUCCGCAUUGCCACGCUGAACCCGGGCCGCACGGGUUUUCUGCACCUUGGUACGGACUUAAUUCUUGAGUGGCGCCUGGAGGCAGUCGCACACGCUCUUGUCGAGCAUGGCGUUGAUGUCUGUAUCCUGCCUGGCUCGCGGUUCCCGCCGGGCGCGUGGUUACCGCCAGGCUUUCCUUUUGUUUGGAUUGGCCCGACGUCCACGGAGUGGGACACCGUGGGCCUCUUCGUGAGGCCCGAGUUGGAGCAGGCUGUCAGAUUCGUUCCGGAGGCGUCGUCGGCGCGUGAGCAGUGGUUUGAAGUUUGGCCCUCCGCGUCGGCGCGCUCUCCGUGCCUCGUUCUCUGUGCCAUGUACCCUGUCCAUGGAGGAGACAGGGACACGUGGUCCUCUAUCGUUGCCCAUGCCGCGGAGUUUCAGGCCAAGUACCCGCUUGCCCGGCUUUUAAUUGGGGGUGACGGGAACGUGCACCUCACAUACGUCGUCUCGCAUGCGGUGACCUGCCGCUGCCUGCACUGCUCCCAACGCGGCCCUGACAGAGAUAUCCAGGCACUGCUGGACAGGGCUAACCUCAGGGCGUUCAACCCCCCCAAGCCGACCCACUCCUCCGGCACGUGCAUUGACAUUUUUAUAGGUUUGCGCGGCGACCCCCUACCUGUCCAGGUGGUGGAAGAUUUCAUAGCCCUUUCGGAUCACAAGCUCGUCCUACUGGAUGCGCCCUGUCUGGUCGAGCCGCACUUGGCCGCUGGCUUUGGUCGAGUAGCGUGGACCUCAGGUGCUGAAUGGGAGGCCAGCCUCAGUGAGGUUGCGCCAACUUUGGCCGCGCUCGCCCACGCGGUUGAGCUUCUCCUGGAGUCCCAGUGGUUGCGCCCGGCCUGGCACGGAGGCUCGGCCACGAGGCUCCAUCGCCGCGCAGUCCUAAAUGUGGCUGCAUGGUGCCGCGAUGCAGUGUACACUAUUGUUGGCCAUGGCUCAGGCGCCGCGGAGCGCUUCUUGUCUGGAUUUUUCAAGGACGCGGACAGAUUUGAUAUCCAGCUCGUCAGCCCAGUGACAGGGCGCACCCAGUCCACGAGCGAGAUGCUCGAUGCAAUUCAGGCGGACCUGUUGGGGCGCGCUCAGAACGAUUUCCCCCAAUGCCCUGUGGAGAGGGACCGCAUGUCUCGCGUGGUCUCAGGGAUCCGGCGCGCAGGAGCCGCGUCCGGGCCCGAGCGCGCGCAGCCACUGUACAGCGAGACCGAAGUCGAAGAGGCCAUUGCCUUGUUGAAGCUUGACCUGCCGGUUCAGGAGUUUAAGUCGAGUGUUGCGGGCAUCUUAGAGCAGGCGGCCCCCCUUGCGGCGUCUGCUGAAGAGCGGCUCCGUGGCGUCUUCCAACGCCUCCCGGUGGAGGCGGACCGAGUGGCGCUUGCCGAGGCUACAGGGUCUUUCCAUUUGCCUCCGGUUCAAUUUGUCGACGAUAUCACCACGCCGUGCCCGUCUGAGGGCGCCGUGCGGGCAGUGAUCUCCGAUGAGAGCACCUCGGCAUGUAGUCGCUAUGCGUUCCGCAUGAAGUCCUCGUUCACGUAUGAGCGUGACAAGACAUGCGUUUUGCCCUUGCUUGGUGCCCCGAUCCCAGGCCGACCAGGUUGCCCAGUCGUAUCUCAGAAACACCUCCUCGGUGUUCUUGUCGAUUCAGGGCUGACUUUUGGCCCGCUGCUGAACGAGCUCUGUGCUAUCGGCGACUCCUGUUUCAAGAAGUUGCUUUUCGCGGCGGAGAGCGGAGGUUUUUCUGUGCCGGUGGCGGCCGCGCAGGUGCCGCCUCGUGUUGAGGCAGCUGUUCUUUUUGCGUGUCCGCUCCUUGCAGGAGUCCCUGGCGCCGAGGCUCGUUUCAACAAGCUUCAGGUGGGGUGGGGCCGCCGACUGCUGGGAUGCCACGGCGGGCCGCCCAUCAAGCACGUCGUGGUGGUCGCGCAAUGCGGCUGGCGCAUGCGAAUGGGCACCCGGUUCAUCGAGCGUGCGCUCAUGGCUCGGGCUCGGCUAACCGUGCUCCCGCCCGACCAUCCUGGCGCAAUCAUGUACCGUGCUUCGCGCGCCCUCUGCGUCCCCACCUGGCUCUCGGACGCAGCGGCGCUGGCUUCCCGCCUGCCAGACCCGCCUCCUGACCUGGAUUCUCACCCUUUGUUUCCCCCGGAGGCCCUCCGCGCUGCCCAGCUCGACCCAGCCCGAAGGAAGGUCCUCCUGCGGGAGUAUCGGCGCUUUGCCUUGCGCCCGGCACUCCUCAGAUACGACCAGCAGGCCUUCGCAGCGGGGGCCUCGCGGGUUUUGCCGAGCCUCAAUCGGUCCUUUGCAGCGCUGUGCCCUGGUCCAGCACUCCCCGAUGAGGGCAUGCUGACCUGGGGCAGCGGCGGCGAAUCCAAGCAGGUCCACGGACUCUUCGUGUGCAAGGUGAGCGACAAAGAGCAGAUCACAUUGGAGGCCAUGGCUGAUGCCCACCGCGCCAGCGGGGGGCGCCUCAUCCAGAGCGCCGCUGCGCAGCACCAGCUGCUGGAGGACAGCCGACGCCAGGAGCUCGAGUCACAGCUGGUGGCCAUCGACCGCGUUCGUACGGUGCUCGAGGCCGAGGCCGGGCGGUCCGCGGCAGCGGCAGGCCACCUGCGCGAGCGGCUGGAGGCGUCGGAGUCCGCGGCCGCGGCGGUGCAGGCGCGCGCCGAGGUAUGCAUCACCAGAGCGGCCGAGGAGGCAGACGCCGCCGCCCUCCUCAGGCGGCAGGUGGAGGAGCUGCAGCACAGGCUCGCGGUUUCGGAGGCCAGUCGCGAGGCCGCCGCCGCGGCCCGCGCUGAGCGCGAGGAGCUCCAGGUGGAGCUCGCCUGCGCCGGGCGCGUGCAGGCGGCGCUGGAGGCGGACCUGCGGGCGGAGGCCACCGAGGCCCGCAGCUUCCGCCUGCAGCUCCAGUCCGAGGCCGGCGCCUCCGAGGCCGCCGUGCGCGCGGCGCACGACGUGGCGCUCGAGGUGAACAGACUGCGGGGGCGGAACUGGGAGCUGGAGGUGGACGCGGAUCGUGCCCUGAAGGUGCGGGACGGCAUGCAGCAGGACCUCGCGCGCGCCGAGGCGUCCGCGGCCUCGCUGCGCUCCCGGCUCUCAGUGGCGGAGGCCACGUCGCAGGCCGCGGGCGCGGAGUCCGAGCGGGCCCGCGAGCGCGGCAGGGAGCACACGGACCUGCUGCGCAGGUUCUCGGAGCUGCAGGUCGCGUUCACCGAGGGCGCCCAGCGCUGCGCCGCGCUGGAGAGAGGCCGAGACGAGGAGGCCGCGGCGGCCCGGCGCUACCUGCAGCAGCUGCGGCCGCGGGGCGAGCACGAGCUCGAGCCGGAGCCCUCCGGGCGGCCGGCGCCGCGGCGGGCGGCAGAG